ACGGUUCGAGAAAAACCUUCCUUAAUUAAUCGAGGAAGAUUGGCGUAUCGUUCCCAUCAACAAGCCUACCGUUUGUUUUGCCGUUUCUUGAUCUGCAUCAUCGGGAUUCGAGAUUGCGGUGUCUCUACCAAAUUAUAUCUUCGCUUAUGACGCUGAGGUUAUAUUAUUUCAGGCCCUGCGGUAAUAUCACAAAGUUAGCAACACGACGCUUUAUCGGCAGCUUUAAAAAUGUUUUAUGUUGCACGAUUUUUCCGUCCCGUUAGUAACACAAGUUAGUUGCACGUUAAUUACGUCACAAGGUAAAAGAUGGCAUACAGCGAUAUCUGUGAAAAGGAUCAUGUAUGGCCUUAUGGCGCCGUGGACGUACGGGAUGACGAUGGAUCCUUCCGCCACGGUCGGAUAGCGGAUGUGGACGCCGCGGAAGGCUUUAUCAUUGAUUUCGGAUAUCCCAACCACCAUGCUGAACUAAUCCCGUUUCACCGAUGUUUCUGGAGAGUUUCCCACCGUCCAUUCGUCGCUGGGGACACGGUGCAGGUUGUGUGGCGGGGUUCAGACACCGAGCCAUUUCGUUGGUAUCCGGCCAGAGUGAUCGCAGGGUCGUCUCAUACAUUCGCUUUCGUCGAGACCCAGCGGCCCGGAGGAAAUGCGCGGGAAGUGGUGCGACAGUCUUGGAUCAUGCCUUUAGGGAGCGGCCUCGUUUAAAGUUAGAGAGCUUUAAACGGCACCGUUCUUCGGCAAGUUUGAUAGUUGCAGUUCUUGCACGGGCGCGGAGUCGAGAAGACUUUUGUGGUGGAAUCGUGAACAUGGGCGCGGAAGCAUACUCGUGAAGGUGGAGAGAGGAAGGCUGGUCUUUAUUAACAGCUACGACCGAUACGGAUGGUAUUCCUCACAAACGAUCGAAAUAUUUCGGGUAAUGGCUAAACGGAUAACGGUCAACGAGAAGAAUAGGAAGUUUUGUGAGAAGGAAGCGAAAAAGACAGGACGCUGGAAUCGUUUCCUAACCAAAUCCUGCUUGGCUUCUAAAUCUACAAGGCUGCACCAGUAUGAGUACGAACCGUGUAUAAACGUUUCCUACUAGGGGAACUCUUUCGCCAGAUAUUUUCCUUUCUGGAAUUCCGGGACCAACGGAAUUGUCGCAAAGUGUGCAAAUCUUGGCAUUUGGUAUUAACAACCCCUCCUACGUGCUUAGAGAUGCAAUUUAACCUGCAGGGAUAUGAGAACGACGAUUUAGCCUUGGCUUUCCAUAAAAAUGUAAACCGAUAUACUAAAGCAAUUAUAUUAUCUGGUAAUACCAACUGCAACCGUUCCCGCCGUACUAAUCCUGUCGCGAUUCUUAUUGGCUUGCUGAGAGCAGAGAAUAUCAAGCUGCAGAUAAUCGCUAUUGGCAAUUGGUAUGUCUGGGCACCGGAUGUCUUCAGCUGGUCCAGCUCGUUGACUCUACAGUUUCGAUCGGAGUGGACAGACAUUUGCGACAAAUUAAUCCUGGCGAAUGUACGUAUUAAUGGACUGAUGUUUGUGGAUGUCGAAUCGUGCGGUUGUUAUCAGGAAGCUGUCAGAAGGGAGCGUGAAAGCUAUCAGUACAGGUGUUGGGAUUCACGAUGCCCGGACUUGGAGGCCACGGUUCACGUGGGCAGGUACAUCAUCGCCACAAAUCACGAGGAAGAAAUGCAGGCUGCAAGGCAGUUGCUGGAGGAUAAUUGUCCCCCGAUGAGCGAGGAAGGACUCCGUUUGCUUCAAAGCCGAACAGUAGACCCAGUUUCUCUACCGAAAAAAAUGAUCUUACAGUUUUUGAGGCAGUGGCAAUCCGGAGAUGCACGUCUCACUGACUACAUGAGUUACAGAAGUGAUCCGUUGGCCUGUUUACCAGUCCAUACCUUGCGAAAAUUAACCUUGUUCGCACUGCGCUGGUAUCUGUGCACCGGAAGCUACUCAAAACACCUCCUCCACCAGCAGUGAAGAAAGAAGCGGCGUAUGGUCUACCGGAUGUUUUGCUGUCUCACUGAUCUCGAACUGUAUCACUGGGAUUUGGGAAUGGUGGUGUCUCUACCAAAUUACAUGUUCUGCACAUUUUCUCCUUCUCUGCCAACUCACUUAUUUCUGUUCCACGGAGUGCUUUGAUAUCACAAAGUUAGGCUGCUAGCGACGUGCCCACCAUCUGCAGUUUUAAAAGCAUACGUUUGCCGCAAAAUUUUUGUUAAAUACCGGUUAAUUACGUCACAUUCAAGGCGAAAGACGGCAUAUACUGCUAUGUUCGAGCACGAUCUUAUAUGGUGUUAUGGCGCCGUGGACGUAGAAGUUCUGAAGUUGACGAUGGGUCCUUCCGCCAUGGUCUGAUAACAGAUAUGGAUGCCUCAGAAGGCUUUAUCGUUAAUUUCGGAUAUCCCGACCACCGUGCUGAACCAAUCCCUUUUCACCGGUGCUUCGAGCACACUGCCUAUUUCCGCUUCGCCGCUGGGGACACAGUACACAUUUUGUGGCGGGGCUCAGACAACGAGGCAUUCCGCUGGUACCUGGCCAGAGUGAUCGCGGGAUCGUCUUAUACAUUCGCUUAUGUCGAGACCCAGCGGCAGGGCGAAAUUGUGAGGGAAGUGGUGAAACGUUCUUGGAUCAUGGCAUCAGGGGAACGACGACCUUUAAUGUUAAGUUGGUAUAAACAGCACAGUUCAUCGGCGUGUUGGAUAGUUUCACUUUUUGCACUGGCGCGAAGCCGCAAAGAUUUUGAGUGGUGGAAUCAUGAGCAUGGGCGCGAUAAGAUACUCGUGAAGGUCAUGACAGGAAAACUGAUCUAUAUAAACUGCUAUGACCACUGCGGAUGGUCCUUCUGGGAAACGAUCGGGAUAUUUCGGAUGAUGGCUAGACGGAAAAAGCUCGACGAGAAUGAUCGGAACGCUGGAAAAAAAGGACACGGAAAGCGCUUCUUUUUCAAAUCCUGCCUGGCCUCCAGAUCCCGUACACGGUACCACUACCAAUCGUGUAUAAACACCUGUCUACCUAUCGAAGUCUUCCGUCAGGUAUUUUUCUUUUUGGACUUUUGGGAACAACUCAACUGCCGAAUCGUGUGUAGAUCCUGGCACACCCUGUUAACCACCGUUCCCACGUGUUUACGGACGGAAUUCAACCUGCAGGAGUAUGAGAACGACGAGCUUGCCUGUGUUUUCGAUAAAGAUAUUAGCCAAUCAACUAGACACAUCAUAUUAACGGGCAAUGGCCAACAAGCUUCCCGCUCCACCGAUCCCAUCGCUGUUCUGAUUGAUCUACUGAAAGCAAAAAGCAUCAAGUUGCAGUCCAUCGCUAUUUGUAAUUGGUACGUUUGGGCACCGGAUAUCUUCAGCUGGUCCAGCUCGUUGUCUGUGCAUGUUCGAUCGGGUGGAAAGACAUCUGUGACAAAUUAAUCCUGAAAAAUGUAUAUACAAAAGGACUGCUGUUUAUGGAUGGCGACUCGUGCAGGUGUAACUGGGAAAGGUUUGAAAACGGUGCACCUUAGCAGGACAGGUUUUGAUUUCAACGAUGCCCAGACUUGGAUGCCACAGUUAAAGCAGGCCAGCUCGUUACCAUCACAAAUCAAAGCGGAGAACCGCAGGCUUUACGGCAAUGGCUGGAGGAAAAUUGCCUACCGAUGAGCGAGGAAGGCGUGCAAAUGCUGCAAACCCGAAUGGAUACACAUUCGGUACCGAGAAAACUCAUGUUGCAGUUUUUGAGGCAGUGGCAAUCAGGAGAUGCGCGUUUGACUCUCAACCUGGACAAUCCGUUGGCUAAUAUACCAGUCCACGCCUUGCGAAAGUUAACCUUGUUCGCACUGCGCUGGUGUCUGGACCAUGGAACCUAUCUCCUCCAUCAGCAGUGAAGAAGGAUACAGAAAGAUGGACAUCACAUAAAGCGAAGCAUGCAGAAUUGAUAUUGCAAUUUUAGAUAUUUCGGUUUUGUAACAUGUUCAAGCACAUCUCUGAGCAUCGCAGUUAGGUACUGAAAUUCAGCAGGAAAUGCUGAGCGUGUACUUUAAAAAUAUUGAGAGACAAGCACCGUUUUUCGUGCGUUUCAUACAGCUAUACCGUAGAGUGUUGACGAUUAUCGCUCUGCGAACAGGUGCAGCCACAGAUUUCUGUCUGCCUUUGUUGGAAAAUAGUUCGAGUUGUUGUUGCCGGUUUUCUGUCUUUGUUGGAAAAUACUUUGGAGUAAGCCUACCACUACAUAAUGA